ACCAAUAAAACAAUGGAGAGACCAAAAAGCACCAGAUUCCCUCCUAAACAAUCUUCAGAACCGCUACUUAAACGCCCCCUAGAAACGCCGCCAAAACCAUCAAGCCAUCAUCUUCUCUUGCACCUCUGAAGAAAAAACCACCGCCAUGGACAUCAGGAAGAGAUCGUCAUCACCAUGGCCUUCUCUGAACGCGCCGUCCUUGGCCCUCCUGCUGCUGCUCGUCUUCAUCGCAGCAGAAACCACCGGCCGCCACCGCGCCGCGGCGCAGGUGUUCUGCCGGUCGCAGUUCAACCUGGCCAACGAGGCCUGCAGCCUGCGCACCUUCUCCGGCCCCAACCCGGCGCAGCCGCUGCAGCUGCACAGCAACCGCUCCUCUGCGUCCUACGAGGUGCAGGCGGACCACCACGACCACGGCCACCACGACCACGACCACGACCACCAUGACCACGGCCACGGCCACGAGCGGGAGCGGGAGCGGGAGCACAUCGCCCACAGCCGGCGGCACGGCCUCGGGCAUGGCGGCCGCGACCCCUACGACACCGCCUGCUGCCGCCGCCUCAUGGGCAUCGACAAUGCCUGCAUCUGCCAGGCCAUGUCCUUCCUGCCGGUGUUCAUGAGCAAGGUCAAGCACGCCAUCAAGCUCAGCCCCGUCCCCGGAUGCGACGUCUCCUUCGAGUGCGGUGCCGUCUAGUGAACUCAAGUUGGCAACGGAACCACUUUUCGGUUCUUGGUGCCUAACUUUUUAACACAAUAAACUAUUGGAUAUAGGGAAAACUAUGGAAGGGCGGGCCUGGUGCAGUGGUAGAGCCUACCGUCUGUAACCGGAAGGUCCCGGGUUCGAGCCCCAGCCUCUGCAUAUUUGUGUGGGGAAGGGUUGUUUGCGGGAAGCCUACGGCACUGGGUACGCCCUUUUAUAUAGGGAAAACUAUGCUUCAUCACCUUUUGAAUUUGUGGUAGCAUUAGGCAUAUAUAUGUUAUCCUAAUAGCAUUGCGAGCAAAUCAUGCAUAUAUGUUAUCCUAAUAGCUUUAGUAAAUAUAAUGUUUUUGGAGCUUAAA